AUUACGCAUGCGCAUAAAGAAAGCGCGGAAGUGUUUAAAAUUCUUUUCAAAACAAACGAGAUAUUCAUGCACAUUUUAGAAAAAUGACGACCCGACGAAAGACGCGACAAAGUGCCCUUAAGAAUUUAAAAACAGAGGGGUCCUCCAGUGAAUCUGAAUAUUCCAAGACUCUGAAAAUUAUUACAAAAUUAUCUCAGAAAUACUUGGGUACGUCAAACCUGAAAAAGAAAUCUGCAAGCUUAAGAAGUAAAGUGAGUCCAGAUAAGGCUUAUGAUGGGGAUGAGGAGAACACAACUGGAGGGUCAGACUCGUCGAGCAUGGUCUCCUCCAAGAGUAAAAGCAGUCUAUAUGACUUUGAUGAGGAAGACCCAGAACCAACAAAAUCACCUCACAAAAAGCAAAGAGCCAAGAAGAAAAAGUUACCCAUGACAUCUGUACCUGUACCUUCAUCUGGAGGGAAAUCAAAAUCAACCAAAGAAAAAUGUGCAGCAUCAACCACCAAAACAACAGAUUACAAAGCUAACGUCCCAAAAAAGCCAAAAAAUAAGAAAGUACUUGCAACAGUGACACAACUCUCACCAAUGGAUGUGUCGCCCUUGCCACAAUCAAACAACACUGAAAGUCCCAUGAGUACAAGGUCAACCAUGAAGGGGAAGAAUGUGUCUUUUUCUCCUAAUGUUUCAGAGAUUAUUCCAGCAAAAUUUACUCCUGUUGUGACUCUACAAAGACUUGAUGUGAGCAGUAUUGAGAGUUCUCAGAGACAACUCAGAAAGAGAAGUUGGGAGCCUCCAGUAGGAACUGUCAAAUCUCCAAAAAUCAAAAAGUCAAAUCCUGUUCUGAAAGUUAAGAGUCUAAAGAAAGAAAAAUCUAGAGAUAGUGGCAUUUAUUGUUCACCAGAGGUUGUCACAGAGAAAAACUUCAAAGCGCAGGCCGUGUCCACUCCCUGCAACUUAUCCAGUGCCCCUGUGGAGACCUCUCUCACUACUUAUCGUGACCCAGCCAUCUUGAAUGUGUCACCAGUGAAGAAAUUGUCCAUUGGCUCUGUUACCCCAUUGUCAGACUAUGCCUCCAUGGAUUCCAUUACCCACCAACUAACAUUCAAUGACAGUGCAGUUACUGAUACUGACAAAAGUCAGACCCAAGGCAUAGAAUUAUUCACCACAGGAGGAGAGUUGACUGUCAACAGAAGUUUUCAGAGGACAUACAAGCCUGCCAAGAGGAAACAUGUACAGAAAAAAUCAACGAAAACUAAUGCCAAAGUUGACGAUUGGAUGGAGAAAAUGAAUACUGAAUUCUCAGAAAUUGAAGGAUUUGAACUUAGCAUUGAAGACAAUCUGUGAAAGUUGUGUGUACUACUUGGAAUUUCGUGUGUCAUUUUAAUAUGGCCGUCUUUAUGAAGGACAUAUUAUGUACAGUGAUGUCUAGCCAUCCGUUCAGGCUUUUCUGUUUCUAUUGUUAUAUACAGAUGUAUCUUCUUUGUGAAUCACUCUAGAUCAUAGUUUACUCCUCCCACAAUUUUCAAGUGAGGACCUUGUUUGUAUGGGUAUUGAAAAUGUGCAUGCAGUAAGGAUUUUGCUUUUCUUCAAUUUUUUGGAAAAAUUACAGGUUGUUGAACUUAGUCAGUUUUGAUGAAAUAUUACAUAGAGUACAUGAUUUGUCUAAAUCCUCACAGUUUUCAAGUGGGACUUUCUUAUUUUACAGAGUAUUUGUAUAGGUUUUGAAGAUGUGAUUUUGAUUUUCUUCAGUUUUUGAGAAAAUUACAGGUUGUUGAACUUAGUCCUUUUUGAGGAAAUAAAGGACUUGGUUUGUCCUUUUACCUCCUCUCACAGUUUAGAAGCUAGGGUCUUUGUAAAUAACUUGAAGAUGUGCAUAGUGCAAGGAUUUUGAUUCUCAACAAUUCUUAAUUUCCUUUGAUGUUUAAAAUUUUAUGGGUUGUUGAACUUGGUCAAAUUUGGGGAAAUAUUUUACACACAGAACUUUUGGUUUGUCUAUAUACCUCCUGUUUAAGUUUUUAAGCUAGGAUCUUUUAUUUAUAUGAUGCAAAGAUAGUAUGUCACAGUCUGAUGAUGGCUGAUACUAUCUAAAGCAAAGCUCUACAAAUCAUGGUGUAAAAAAAAAAAAGCACCCUAUAUAAGUUUUUCACAGGUGCAUUAUGUACCAUUUUCAGUACCCCUGAUGCUGUAGAGAGUGUACCUUAAAAACCCACAAAAUUCCUUUCAUGUUUAUCAUGGAAUUUUUUUUUAGAAAACUUUUACUGAUUUUUACUAACAAUAAUUGAUCCCAUGCAUCCUAUUUUAUGUUUUCUAUUAAAUUUCAGGAGAAUUAUUCUCAUUAAUAUUAGGAGGGAAAUCAUGUGCAAAAUUGAUUGAUUUUAUAUAUAUAUAUUAAAAUUAUGUAGUGGUAUUGUAUGUAUAUACAUAUAUUGAAUGAAUUGUGUAAUAUAGAGUUCAUUGAAAUAUGUGGAAGAAUAUGUAAAUUUGAACAUUUCCAUUUCUUGUUUUUGCAUCCAAAGUAAAAUGUUACAUUAUAAUUUCCCCUUAGAUGUACAUGCUGGAAUUAAAUUGAAUGUCUGUUUACAUAUUGCUUUCCAGACCUAAAGUAAUUUUCUUUUUCACGGGAGUUGCCAUACUUCUCACUAUGAAAUCAGAAUGAUGUCUAUUGAUUUCUGGUUCCAAAGGUCAAGCAUAUACUGGCAGACAUGGAAAAUGGUUUCCAUGUCUGCUGGCAGACAUGGAAAAUGGUUUACAUGUCUGAAGUGAUUUCCCUUAGUUUUCAUCUGAAGUCAUCAUAUUUGAAAUAGAGACCUUUCAUUGGAUGAGUGUGGAUUUUGGGUCUGAAGGUCAAUCAAACUGAGACAGAAAAAUGGUACAUGUAUCUGGGUCACAAAUGGUUUCCCCUUUCAUCUAGGUUCACAAUACAUAAUUGAAAGAAACAUGGAAGUAUUUUCCACCAUCCAAUAACUUCUGUCCCAUUUCAGUUGGGCUGGGCAAGGUAAAUCAGUUCAACUGGGAAACUUUACAUAUCAUUGGAUAUUGCGCUAAAAUGGCUGUGUCCAUUGGUAGUUACCACUUUAAUGCUGUGUCAGGGUUGAUAUAUUGUACUUGGGUUUGCUUGUACAUGUAGUAUAUUAUACAUAUUUUGAUGAGAUGUCGUGCCUUAAUUGCAGAGCCCUCAUUACAGAUCAAAAUUAUUGUGUUGAGCAAAAUUAAGAUAAUUCAUUGCCAAUAGUAAUAAAGUUGUGCUUUGAAACAAA